ACGGCCGUGACUAACAAUUUUCAUGCUUUAUAUCCAUUAUCCAUCCCCUUCCUUCCUCAACUUCACCUUUUCAAAACUACCGAUUUCAUUCAAUGGCUUCUACUCCGACUAUCAGGUAUGACGUGUUUCUAAGUUUCCCAGGUGAAGAUACUCGUCAUGCCUAUACGGACCAUCUCUAUCAUGCAUUAAUCGGAGCAGGACUUCGCACUUUCAGAGACAAUGAUGAAAUCGACAGAGGUCAACAACUCAAGCCGGAAAUUGAGACCGCAAUAACCGAAUCCAGGGCUUCUAUAGUUGUAUUGUCUCAAAACUAUGCGAAUUCCAUAUGGUGCCUUGAUGAACUUUGCUUGAUCCUGGACCAAAAGAGGAAGCUCAAUCAUUUCGUUUUACCUGUUUUUUAUCACGUCAAUCCAUCAGAUUUCAGGAAACAAAGUCGAAAUUUAGCCAUUGAAGGGUCAAUAUGGAUAGCACUAAUAAGAGUUGCUAAUUUGACAGGCUUUUUAAAUUGUUUGGCGUGUUUGGGCAUAGAUGGGUCAAAAUGGACAGAGGUUAACGUGAGGCGGUGGAAGAAAGCACUUGCAGAGGUUGCUAAUUUGACUGGGAUGAUACUUACAGGGUCCGAGACAAACUUUAUUGCAGAAGUGGUUAAGACAGUUCAAGGUAAACUUGAUUUGAAACAACUGAGUACUCCGGCCCAUUUAACUGGAAUGGAGGCUCGGGUUGGAGUGAUCAAUUCAUGGUUAAGAGAUGAGCAAUGCAAUGCUAUAGCCAUUUGUGGCAUGGGAGGGAGUGGCAAGACAACACUUGCCCAAUACUUUUAUAACUUAAACAAGCAAGAUUUUCAGAGCACCAGUUUUGUUCAAGAGAUAGGAAACCAACCUGAUAGGUUGCUUCGGCUACAGAAACAACUUCUCAAAGAUCUUUUGGGUGGAAAGAAAAUAAGGAUAUCUAGUGUUUCUGAGGGUACACAUAAGAUUAUGGAUAUCUUACAAAUGAAAAGGGUCCUUGUUGUUCUUGAUGACAUUGAUAGUCAUGAACAGUUAAACGCUUUAUUUGGAACAAAGACGUUCCCUACACAAAGCAAGAUCAUCAUAACAACAAGGCUUCUAGAUAUACAUGCUUGGUUUAGGUCCAUAUCUUGGAGGUGUUGGGUGCAUGAACUCAAUUUGUUGAAUGAUGUUGAAUCAUUAGAGCUUUUAAGUUGGCAUGCAUUUGGAUCCAGAAUUCCUAUGGAAGGUUUUGAGGAUCUUGCUUCACAACUAGCACAAUACUGUGGAGGAAAUCCGUUGGCUCUUAAAGUAUUAGGUUCUUCCUUAUUUGUUAGCGAUGAUGACUCGUGGACAAGAAAUAAUAUGAGAGAAGUUUGGGAAAGUAGAAUGAAUUCACUGAAGUCAAUGAAAGGAGACCUUGACUGUAACAUUCAAGGUGUACUACAAAAGAGUUUUGACUGCUUGCCACUUAGCAGUCAUAGAGAGUUGUUUCUUCAUGUUGCUUGUUUCUUUGUCGAUGAAGACAAAAAUGUCAUGGAAAUGAUACUGGAGGAUGAAUUGUACGCAAAAUCUGGGAUUUUGACCCUCACUCACAGAUGCCUUCUUACUAUUUCAGCUGAUGACAAACUGAUGAUGCAUCAACUCCUUCAAGAAAUGGGAAAAAGGAUAGUUUGUGAAGAGUCCAAAGAUCCUGCAAAACGUAGUAGAGUCUGGCGUGAUGCUGAAUCUUAUCAUGUGUUGAGAAAAGGAAAUGGUUCAGAUAUAAUUCAAGCGCUAGCACUCGACAUGCGAAAUGUUGAGCAAAUGACGGGACCAGAGACAUUAGCCCUUAAAACAAGUUCACUUGAAAAUAUGGACAAACUAAAAUUGCUCUUCCUCAAAUAUGUUAACCUCUUUGGAUCCUACGAUAAAUUUCCAGAGCUAACAUGGUUGGGCUGGCAUGGAUGCCCUUUGCAAACAAUUCCCCCUGGGUUAUUGAAGAGCAGCUUGGUAGCUAUAGAUAUGAGUUAUGGACACAUGGAAACUUUUGAAGCACCAACGGUUCUCAAAUCACUCAAGUACCUAAGUCUUAAAGGUUGUGACAAACUUGUCAGAAUCUGCAAUCUCUGCCUACUCCCUAAACUUGAGCUUUUGAACCUCACAAACUGUAGCAGUCUUACUCAUAUUAGUAAGUCCAUAGGAGACCUUGAGAGUCUUGUUACAUUGGAUUUGAAAGGAUGCAUUAAAAUGUGGAAGUGUGUACAUCGACUAGAAACGAUGAUUAUCCCAGAAGAGAGAUGGUUUUCCUUACCCAAGUCAUUAAUGUGGUUGUUUCUCACAAACUGCGACCUGGAGUUUAACAGUGAUAUUCGUGUGCCGUUCCAUGCCCAUUCAUCCCUUAGAAUGAGUUUAGCAUAUAAUCCGUUUGAGUACCUGCCCAAUAACAUUGACCUUAAAAUGCUUCGCUCACUCAACUUGUAUUCUUGUCAAAACCUGAAGUCUCUCCCAAGUAUCCCAAGUACGCUAAAGGAGUUGUAUAUAGAUUGGUGCACAUCACUGGAGAGACUAACAUUCCAAUCAGGUCGUUUUAGUCUACGGGAGUUUGCUUAUGAAUGUUGUUUCAAACUAUCUGAAGUCCAAGGUCUUUUUAAAUUACUGCCCGUAGUGAAAAUGGAAGCAGCAGAUCUGGGUGACAUGCAAUGGGUCAAAGCAUAUGAAGAUCAUAAGGUGGAUCUGGUCGGUGAUGAGAUUACUAAAGGCAGAAUCUGGAAUACUCAGAUGUUGUAUGAAUAUGGUAUAAUGAGCACCUAUCUGCAAGGCGUAAAGGAUAAAAUAAUGGCAACAUACAAGUAUACGUCAUUGUCCGAUUUCUUAUGCUUUCUUGUGCCUUCUCAUCCCCAGAAAAACAGGAUCCAAGGAUUAAGUGUUAGUUGUUUAUACAGAUCUUUAGGUGUGUAUAAAGUCCCGUUUUUGUUUGCCAAAAUCAGCAAUAGAACCAAGGGCCUUACUUGGGUGUACAACCCUAUGGUGUAUUGCAAAUCCAAAGUUGAUGAAGAUGUUGUGUGGUUAAGCUACUGGCCAAUUGGGAACAUAUUAGAUGCUGGUGAUGAAGUCAAUGUGGUAAUUUAUGUGGAGAAAGGAACGAUGAUGGUAUGUGAGUGUGGUGCCAACCUUGUGUAUAUGGAUGAUGGUGAAGUACAGGAAGAAGAAAACUGCGAGAAUAGCACUAGGAAAGGGGAAGAAGUUAUUGGAGGAGACCUGUCUGAAUUCGAGGUGACCACAGGAGGCUACUAUCUUUGCCGCCGUGAUUUAUUUGGUUUAGAGACGUCUUCUUGGUUAAAAUGGUUGUUCGGUGAUAACGUUGUGCAUUAUACAAAUUCACAAGGAUGGAGAAAAGCUCUUCAGUCUGCGCAAUCUCGGGAGCUGAGAUAUUAUGUAAACACCUUUCUGAAAGUAAUUGAGCUGAGAGUUGGCUUUAAUAGUGAAAAUGCAAUGGAUAAGAUAGAGAAGGCAGUAUAUAGUCUUGUGGGAGUUGAAUCUGUUUCUGCUCAUACAGAAAUGGGGAAACUAAUUGUCACCGGAUAUGUUGAUCCUAUAGCUGUGGUGACCUGUGUGAGGGAAUUUGACAACAUGGUGGAGAUCGUAUCUUUUAAAUCUAUCUUUAGUUAAAAGGUAUGUUUUAAAUUCAAACAUGUGUAAAGCUCACUACUUAUCUGCAUCAAGUAACAGAGAUACUUUGAUUCCACAUGUUUGAAUUCAAACUCAGUAUGUUUCAAGUACAGGUCAAAGCUUUGACUUUGAUUGUUGACUUGUAGUGAUAUUGAAAUCAGUCGACCCAAGCCCGUGACCAUCCUACAUCAUCAUCAUCAUCAUACUCACUAAAUCUCACCAAUAGCAAAACUAAGGUAGAGUCCGAGGAGGAUAGGAUGUAGACGGCCUUACCUCUACCCCAUAGAAAUAGAGAGACUGCUUACAGUGAGACCCCCCGCUUGAUUGUAAUUUUGUAUCAAGCCUUGGACAUAAGGCACAUAACACCCAAUAAAUGAGACAAAUGCAUUUACUCCCUUGUCUUCCGGAUAUCAACGCCACCACAUGAUGCGUGAUUAACCAUCCCCUCUUUUAACGUUAUUUUCACGAAAUUAGUAAAAUAACGUUAAAAAUGUGCACUUUCACUUUUGCCCCUCCCCCCAAGCGCCCGCACAUAUAUACAUUAUAUGUGCAUAUCGCAAGCGUGGUGAUCAAACGAACAGGUCAGACCCACUAAUUGCUUGUUCCACGUGAGCUGGUUGCAUCAAACCGUAUUUUUUGUGAAACUAAUUUGAAUUUAAGCUACAUUUCUACUAGUUAUCCAAGUUUUCUUGCAUCGGUUUCGUGAUACGGCUAACGAUCAAAUCAGUUCUUGUGGUUGCACAUGUUAGCUCAAGUUAAAUCUUCCACACUUCAUGGUAAAACGUGUUGUUGUUGAUAUGAGGUUAUUAGGAGUGUCGAAAUGAAGCUUCAAAUACAUACAUAAAUUCUUGAUUACACGUUUAAAAGAUUUAUAGUCGAUGAGAACAACCUUACUUCCGUAUUCCAGUUGGAAAGAGCAGAUGAGAACGGUUUUUCCUUUGUGUGUUUAUUUGUUUAAUGUUGUUUUUAACAUUGCGUCUACGUUUGCUUUUACGUUACGUAUAAAAUCAACUCGCCCCCACCGUGGAGCACGGGUCUAAACCCCUAAUUAAAACUAAAUGCAGGGGUUGUUAAAAGUACAUAGGAUUUGAACCCACUCAUUUAUAUGUUUGCUCGUUAGGUUUGAGUUUGAAUACCAACGUAAGCAUAAACAAUGAUUAGUUAACCAUCAUUUAUGGGUCAAUUCCUAUUAAAUUCGAUUAAUUGUCCAAUGUAGUUUUUUUAAGUAAAAAAAAA